AUGACAUCGCGAGAAGAUAAUGUCCUGAAACCCCGAGAUCCGUCUCUCACGGACGAGAACGACUGGGAAGAGUUCAGUCUGUCCGAGGUCCGAAUCCUACUUCCUGGGAAAUCGCGCUAUGCCAAUCUUCUGGCUGCCUCCCCGGAUAACCCCGUCCAGGUAACCGGCUGUCUGGACGAGGUCGAGGAGGAGCAAGAGUCUCUGGUCAUCGACGAAGACUACCUAACGAAACGCAUUGUGCUCGAAAACGUGACCCACUACGCCUACGGUCAACACAGCGAUGGCGAGGUCGGGUUCUGGGUCGCCGGCCGCGCGGGGUGGUUCUCCAUCUCCCCUGCGAGGGGAUACCGACCCAUGUUCAAUGACGUGGUAGAGGCUAUCGAUCUAUUGUAUUUCCUUGCCGAUAAGCAUCAGCCGAAGCGGCGCAAGCGGAGGACCCUUAAUCCUACUGUGGAAGACUUGUGUGAGGAGUAUAUUAUCCACACGCAUGGUAUUUGUGAGGAUGCAGAUGACUCGGUUGAAGUGUUCUACAAGCAUCGCCAGUUUCUCCUGUCGCGGAUGCUGAAGAGGGAGGAGGAUAUCCCGUGGACGCAAACGAAUAUCUUUGAGCACCUUUGCGAAAAGUUCCCGGAGGACUACGAGCAGCUCAAGGCUGAGUACGAGCAGAAGGAGGGGGAUGCUGACACCGACGCGGAAGAACAUUCUACUCCUGAGCAGCCGAGAGAGACGAGACCCAGUUCGCCAGACCCCACUGCAGCUUCGAGAGACCAGGCCAAUACAAUAUACCAGGUCGUGCUAGACUUGAAGGAAGCGGGCUAUUUGGCGAGGCGCCAGUUGACUCUGGAGCUUCUUACUUCCACCCUGGUUGACCGGUAUGAGGUGGAGGAUGUCGAGUAUGCCCGAGAGCUCCUCGCGUCAAGAGCCGAUGUCGUCCUCGAGUUAAUGGACGAGGCGAAAACGUCGACUUUCGACUGGUCGCGGAAGGUCAUCUACCGAGAACUCAAGGCCCUGGCUAAAGAGAACGCCUCGACGAACAUUACUUUCACCCCAUUACAACCUCGCACAUUGAACGAAGAUGGUUCAUCCGGAGAGGAUAGCGAAAACGAAGACAGUGAUCAGCUGCAAAGACCGCGGGUCCGUAAGUCGGUGCUCAGGCCCAAGGGCUCAAUCGCCAUCAAAAAGUCGGGCAAGCGAGCACGGAGCAUCGGAGUUGAUCCGGAAUAUCUUUCCGACGACAACGCAGACGCCAUGGACGAAUUCGAGACGCCAAGCAAGGUCCGUGGCCAUGACCUCGUGCGUGAUCCGUUAUCAACCAGAGCGAAACGGACCCGCUCGUUUCUCUCCGACUCGGGGUCCACCCCGAUCCUCAAAACACCGCUCCAGGAGACCUUGCAGAGCCGGAACACCUCAGUCUCUGUCGCUGACCAGGAGCCUUCCGACCUGGACUCCACUCACGGUCUCGAUGAUCUGCCAUCCGACACAUGGGCGUGUCAAGUGCCGGGCUGCGGAAAGAUGGUCUCCAAGGCCAGCUUGAAACGGAGUCAGAAGGUGAUCGACGACCAUUCAUUGGGGCACGCCGACGACACCAAGGCCAAGCUGGACCUGGUCUUUGCUGAGCAACAACUCAACAUUGGUCUUCCCGUCGACAACCUUCUCAGUCGGAUUCGGGAGAUGGGAACCGCAGACGCCAUGGCGUUUUUGGAAAAUGGAGCGAGCGAGGUAUGA